AUGUAUAUCGCGGGACCUAGAGAGGAGAAGAGAACCGGGUCCGGGUCAAUAAGACGCGCGAGCGAGAGAGACGGGGUGAUCGAGGGAGACAGAGGCAAUGGAGAGGCAGCGGCGUUGUUGAGCGUGCACAACAGAAAGCCGAUUAUCCGAAACGAACACGAAGGUGCUGGGGAUCGAGGGACGUGUGGGGACAGAGGUGCGAUUUGUUCCGACCGAGCGCUUUUGCGGAUAAUCGAUCGAAGAGAUGUUGUGCAUCGAGUAAAGAAAAAAAAAAUGUUUGCGGCUGUGUGCUUUCCUUUGGACGUGGACUAUACCGUGGUCGAUGUGGUGUCCCGAGCAACGCUCACGAUUCCUAUUGGGAGCCGAAAGAGAAGAGACACGCGCGACUAUGCAAAUGGACUGUGCAAAGUUGUAAAUCAAGUGAGCGAAACUUGAUCUUCUUCCGCCGAGCAAAAUGGAUAAUACAAAUAAUUAGACGGCGCCAUUUUCGGCGGGGCUGUAUCUUGGCGGCCUAAUAACAUUGCGUGAAUUUUGUAUGUUUUUUCCAACUCGUUGCCAUUGAAAUGCGUCGAUCAUUUGUCGGUCUUGAAACACUUUUUGUUCAAGUAGUGAAUUUACUUAAUUAGUAAAUAUUAAGGCUUUGUUGAUAACAUUUACGUUAGGAGCAUAGAGAGGCAAUAAGAGCCAAACGCUAGAUUAGGUGCGGAAAUCAUAUUAGAUUUAAUGUUAAAUACAGUUGAACAAGUCAAACGUUUCGAUCAACCAAAGUGAUCCUUGUCAAUGACAUCUGAAGUCCAACAAUAAGAUAUUUAACAUUAAAUCUAAUAUGAUUUCCGCACCUAACUUCUAGCGUUUGGCUCUUAUUUGCCUCUCUAUGCUCCUAACGUAAAUGAAUUUACUUAAAGUUGAUACAAUUGAUUUUCAACUUUUGAUGCUAAGCAUUGUAUUAAAAUCACUAAGUUACAACGAAAAAUAUUACUUCAGUCUGGAUCUCCCCACAAUAUUCGUGACGGAAUACCAAUUCGACCACUCAGACGUCUGGUGAUAUUUAUCCUAACAACCAGUUAAUAAUAAGAACGUCUUAUUUUAAGCGACGUAAAUAAGCAACGUUGAGUGAAAAUGUUAUAGAUAAUAAUUGACUCGCUUAUAGAAAACCGUAAAAAAUGCAAUCGAGGCACAAUAUAAGCGCAGAUGUGAAUAUAAAGAAGAGCUCUCUAUUAUGAGAUAAGCUUCGAUGAUAUGAGAUAGCAGGUUUUCAACACCCA